AUGUCGGACAGAAUCAGUGAAAACGACGACCAGUGGGAGUCUGAUCACGAGAGCGUCGAUGAGAGGUACUGGGUCAAGUUGGAGGACGUGAAGACGCUGGAGGUGUUGUACAAGGAGGGUGCGUUGAGGGUGACGCCAGGCCCUGGUGCUGCGGGUACUGAGGGGUCGUCUACCGACGAAGGGGCAAAGGAUAAAGCAGGGUACGAACCCAAUGCAGAGUUCUUGAAGAAGGUCUCGCUUUUGUGUGUAUUCAUAUUCAACUCCUCUGUUCACAGAGAAUGGCCUGAACUGAUUACUGGUCUCGAUUUCAGCCAAGGCGAUAUCACGAAGCUCCAGGUUGACGCCAUUGUAAAUGCUGCGAAUAAGAGUUUGCUCGGCGGGGGAGGGGUGGAUGGAGCCAUCCAUGCUGCUGCGGGCCCCAAGCUAUUGGCGGAAUGUAAGCAGCUGAAUGGUGCGAGGACGGGAGAGUCAAAGAUUACGAGGGGAUAUGAUCUGCCUGCUCGACACGUUAUCCACACAGUUGGACCCGUCUACAAUGCAUCGCAGCCGGAGGAGAAGGCGGAGCUCUUGAAGUCCUGUUACAAGACUAGCUUGGAAGUUGCCGUUGAGAACGGGUUGAAGCAUGUGGCCUUCCCGUCUGUUUCGACGGGCAUCUAUGGGUACCCCAUUGUCGAUGCUACCCACAUCGCAAUCAGGACUACAAGAGAAUUCCUGGAAGGCCCUGACGGAGACAAGCUGGAUAGAGUCAUCUUUGUCGUGUGGAGCAACACUGAUAGGGAGACCUACGAACAACUUCUACCAGAGUACUUCCCUCUUGCAUCAUAA